AUGGCAAUAGACAAGAUCAAACUUAAGAAAAUGAAUGCCCAAAGACCUCUACACGGAUUCAACAGCAGACCUUUACAAUUGGCUCAACAACCUCAUCAUAACCAAGAAGGUGUUGCUCCUGCCAGCCUAGUCUACAACGAGAAACUGAAUCUCUUACUACCUUUCAUGAUGCAGAAAUUUGCUCCAAGGCUUCAAUUUUUGGAAGAGGACUCCUCAGGUCAGUCGACACCGCUGGAGAAGCUGGCUUAUGAGGGCAACAUGGAGGUGAAGGAAGGGCUACCGGUAGGGUAUUGGUCUAGUGAAGUUUUGAGCAAGGUUGCGAGUCUAAUAGGGAAACCUCUCUACACUUAUAGCUUUACUGUUGCAAUGGCUAGAAUUUCGUACGCCAGAGUUCCUGUUGAAACAGUUGUAUCACAACCUCUGUUGGAUUCCAUAGAAAUGGUGACAGCAACAGGAUCCUUCAAGCAGGCAGUGGAAUAUGAUUGGUGUCCGAAGUUUUGCACGGAAUGUAUGAAAUUUAGGCAUUAUGCUAAAGCAUGUUGGACUAAGGUUGAGGGAAAGCAAGAAGAACCUCAAUUUCAGGAAGUUAAGAAGAAGAAACACAGAAACAAAAGACAAAAAGCUCCACAACCAAGAUACGAUUGGAAGGCUAAGGGGGAAAUUGUACAGAUGAGGCUAGUUGCUAGCAAACCCGACAAGGAGGAAGGGACAUGGGCAAAGAAGAAUAAGGUAGAUGUUAUGGGAGUUGUUGAAACUAGAGGAAAAGUGCACAAAGUUGGGAAUAUUUUGAAGAAGAUGGUGACUGAUUGGAUGCAUUGUCUAAACUCUCCGAUGGCUUAUAAUGGUAGAGUAUGGUUACUAUGGAAAGAUCAUAUACAAGUACAUAUAUUGGUUGUUCAUGAGCAAUUCAUCAAUUGUAAAAUUUCAGACAAAACUAGUCCUUUCUCAUCUUACUUUACUGUUGUUUAUGCCAAGAAUGAAAGUCAGCAAAGAGAGGACCUAUGGAGAGAAUUAGUACAGAUUGGGGGUAUUAUCCAAGAGGCUUGGUUGUUAACUGGGAAUUUCAACAAUGUUUUAACUACUGAUGAUAGGUUAGGCUUCCCUGUUAUGCAAGAAGAGACACAAGCUUUCCAAGAUUGUAUUGAUACUCUGCAACUUACAACACUAAAGCAAAUAAGAUGGCACUUCACUUUCUGUAAUAAACAACAUGAUGUUAAUCGAGUUUAUUCCAAAAUUGAUUGGGUCAUGGGAAAUUUUAGUGGAUAA